AUGGAGAAAGCUUGGGCUGAAGCUAGAGCUAGAACUAGCGCUAGAGCUAGAGCUAGAGCUGGAGCUAGAGCUAGAGCUAGAGCUAGAGCUAGAGCUAGAGCUAGAGCUAGAGCUAGAGCUAGAGCUAGAGCUAGAGCUAGAGCUAGAGCUAGAGCUGGAGCUAGAGCUAAAGCUAGUGCUAAAGCUAGAGCUAAAACAAGACAAGAGCUAGAGCCCAAGCCAGAACUAAAGCUACAACUAGAGCUGCAGUUUGAGAUUAAGUUUUAG